GGCAGAGAUGGAAGAGGGGAGAGGGGGAGGACUGUUGGUGAUCUCUCCUGAAGGGGAUAAUGGGAGAGGAGCGCAUUGCAAUGGCUGCCAUGUAGAACCCUCCCUGCACAAUUAGCCAAUCAGCAGCGCGCUCCGCCAGCCAGGAGAACGCAUAAAAGAAGAACAUUGCAGCAGAGGCACAGAAGGAGACUGCGAGAGGAGCAAGGAAUUACACACAAAAACAGCAAGGCCAGAGCACCCUCCCCUGGACACACCCUGUUGAGGAUCACUGCUUCUCUUUUUUCUGAACCGUCGCCCACGCCACUCGGAGAGAUCGCUCUCCCUCAUCAUCAUCCAGUAGAAAAGUCCUUUCUCCUCAUUUUCAUCCUGUAGAGGACACCCACAAUCUCAGAGAGCUGAGAUCCCUUGGUGAAGAUUGUAUUUUUUUUUCCUUUUUUUCUUUUUUUUCUUUUCAUUUUGACUACUAAUAUCAGAUAAAGACCAUAAAAUAUAAGGCCUGAGAGAGAGACCCAUCCUUCAGCCACAAGACCAGAGGAAAGAAGGACCUAGAUUUCUUUCAUUGUACGUCAAGAAUGGUUACUAUAAUCAGCACCAUGGAAACCCAGGUGUCCAACGGUCCAAGCGGAACCAGUCUGCCUAAUGGCCCGGUCAUUAGUACAAACGGCUCCACAGACGACAGCAAAACCAACUUGAUCGUCAACUACCUGCCUCAGAACAUGACCCAGGAAGAAUUCAAAAGUUUGUUUGGUAGCAUUGGCGAAAUAGAGUCCUGUAAGCUGGUCAGAGACAAGAUAACAGGUCAGAGUUUGGGCUACGGCUUUGUAAACUAUGUGGAUCCAAAUGAUGCAGACAAGGCCAUCAACACACUAAACGGUCUUAAAUUGCAGACUAAAACAAUCAAGGUAUCGUACGCUCGGCCAAGCUCAGCUUCCAUUCGCGAUGCCAACCUUUAUGUGAGCGGACUCCCCAAAACCAUGAGCCAGAAAGACAUGGAACAGCUCUUUUCCCAGUACGGUCGCAUCAUCACAUCCCGCAUCCUCGUGGACCAAGUCACAGGUAUAUCACGAGGAGUGGGCUUCAUCCGGUUUGACAAGCGAAAUGAAGCGGAGGAGGCCAUCAAAGGACUGAACGGACAGAAGCCCCUGGGUGCGGCAGAGCCCAUCACGGUCAAAUUCGCCAACAACCCCAGCCAGAAGACGGGCCAGGCCCUGCUGACUCAGCUGUACCAAACCGCCGCGCGCCGCUACACAGGGCCCCUGCACCACCAGACUCAGCGCUUCAGUGUGAUCCCUUCACUUGGAAAGGGACCAGAUCCAAAUAACAGCUCAAACACAAUACUCGACAAUUUACUAAACGCCAGCUACGGAGUCAAGAGUUCUCCCACUCUCUUCCCCAGAUUCUCGCCCAUCACCAUCGACAGCAUGACCAGCCUGGCCGGGGUCAACCUCACCGGACCCACCGGAGCCGGCUGGUGCAUCUUUGUGUACAACCUGUCCCCGGAGGCGGACGAGAGCGUCCUGUGGCAGCUCUUUGGGCCUUUCGGCGCCGUCACCAAUGUCAAAGUCAUCCGCGAUUUCACCACCAACAAAUGUAAGGGCUUUGGCUUUGUCACCAUGACCAACUACGACGAGGCCGCCAUGGCGAUCGCGAGCCUGAACGGCUACCGCCUGGGCGACCGCGUGCUGCAGGUUUCCUUCAAGACCAGCAAGCAGCACAAGGCCUGAAAAGGAGGGGGGGGGGCUGCUGGUGGCAGCUGGCUGAACCUGCAGGGGGACGCACCCGAGCUCCCUGCCUCAUCACUCUACAUGGGCCUGGACUGAGUCUCUCUCUGACAUACUCUCACACAAAUUCAUGAAACGGAACCACACACAUGCACACACCACACAUAGACAUGCACAUAGACGACGCGAACAUACCCAAGCAUACACGAGUCAGAGUUCCAAACACACUAGUGGAGUUUUUCUUUUCUCUUUUACACAACAUGCUAGUCCUUCCCUGUAUUUGCCUGGAUUGAAUUAGAUGGGGUACGUAGCUGGUUUUUGGGUAGGGGGCAAGAGCUAUCUAUUUAGGAGACAGUCUAAAGAAUGUGACAGAGAAUGUGUACUGAGUGCUUUGAUUGAAUUCAGGCAAAUAACGACAACUGAUGAGCAAAAUUAUCAUAAAUUUAAGCGAACGAAUAUGUGCAAUUUACCCAAACUCUUACCCCACCAUCUCUCCCACCGUGUCGUGGGGGAGGAUGUCGUCACUUUUUUUUACACUUGGGCAUUUUGAAUCAGCGAUUUUUUUAGAUCAAAGAAAAUGAAACUAAAAAACAGUGUUCUCUUAUAUACAUCUAUUAAAAUAUAACUAUAUAUUCAAUAUUUAAGGUGGUUAUAAUAGCCGAGUAUGUAAGCAUUUUCUAGAAACUUUGACUACUGUUUCCUGACCUGCAUUAGGUGGUGCCUAGCUUAAAGGCAGUCUCUCUCUCUCUACCAUAGACGGGCUUAUUAGCUCAGACUCAAUACGAUUUAGCCUAAAUAAUGAAUUCUGGUCACACAAAAGAGUAGCUUGAAGGCCAUAAGAAUCACUCUUUCCCGCACAGCCUCACACCAAACAUCACAAAAAAAAGAAACUUGUUCAUAUCACACAAAACACUGUUCCGUAACUAGACAGAUUCACACAUGUUUAGUCUUCUGAAGCUACAUUGUGUUCCCAGUCUUAUCCACAUGAUGGAUUUAAUGCAGGAAACCUGUCUGUGAACUUGGAGCAGAGCAGCAGCGCUCCCAUGGUGACGAUGUUCAUUAGUAAUUCUCUGCUGGGCAAGAGAGUGAUGAGUGUGCGGGGGAAACUAUUUUACGACAACACUGCAACAACAAAGGAAAAUGCCGGUGUUUUUAAAGGUUUUUGUCACUUUUUUUUCUGUCUCCGUGGAUCUGUUUGAUUUGCCAUGAUCCGCAGGCCGUUUCAUUUUAGGCCUUAUCGGCCAGAGUCUGUAGGUCCUUCCAGCUUAGGCGUCACCUGGCAUGAAAAUGUCGGAGGAUAAAGCAAAGACUGAUCAUCAGCUUCUGCUAAUGAUCAAGUUCUUUUGGUUUGAAUGCUGCUCCCUUCAGGAAGGUAGCUAGCAAAAGUUAGGACGAGAACGCUGUCAGCAGCGAUCUAAGGGGGUCCGCAGAGAAGCAAAAACAUAAAAGCACCGGCAUUGUUCCUCAGCUUAUUGCACAGACAGAAGAUUCCUGAGGGUUACAUUUUUCCAUUUCUGUAGAAUAAGUCAAAUCUAUGCUAAGAACUUCAUAUACGCAGAUUAGGAGGACCCCAGUUCCUGAACAAACAUUUAAACUUAAGUUCUUUGUUCAGAAGAC